UCUUUCGUUAGAAAAACACUGUUUCAAAUAUACACGCACGUGUAACUUCACCAUCGUCAAAUAUAAAUACACAUCCGUAGCCUUAAGACUCAUUACUUUAACUCAACAACCACAAAGAACCAAAGCCUUUAUACUUCUAUCAUAUCAAAAGUAUCCAAAAGUCUUCUUGAUCAAUGGCUUCUUCUUCUGCUGCUAUGUCUCUUGAAUCCAUCUCUAUGACAACUCUCAACAAUCUCUCUCGUAACCAUCACUUGAACCGCAGCUCUCUUGUGGGUUUCUCAAGAUCUUUCCAAAACCUUGGAAUCUCAUCCAACGGUCCAGAUUUCUUCUCCCGAUCGAGAUCUACUACCAAGAACCUCAACGUUACUCGUGCUUUCUUCUGGAACUGGGGAAAGAAGACUGAAACCUCCAGACCAAGUAAGAUCCAAGAACUGAACGUGUACGAGCUAAACGAAGGAGACAGAAACAGUCCAGCAGUUCUAAAACUCGGUAAGAAACCAACAGAGCUCUGUCUCGGAGAUCUUGUACCAUUCACAAACAAACUCUACACCGGAGAUCUCAAGAAACGCGUCGGGAUCACCGCAGGACUCUGCGUCUUGAUCCAACACGUUCCUGAAAAGAGCGGCGACAGAUUCGAAGCUAAUUACAGCUUCUACUUCGGUGACUAUGGUCACUUGUCCGUACAAGGACAGUACUUGACUUACCAGGACACGUUCUUAGCCGUCACUGGUGGCUCUGGAAUCUUUGAAGGUGCGUACGGGCAAGUUAAGCUUCAACAGCUUGUGUACCCGACGAAACUGUUCUACACUUUUUACCUUAAAGGGUUGGCUAAGGAUUUGCCUUUGGAGCUAACGGGAACGGCUGUUACGCCGUCGAAGGAUGUGAAACCGUCGCCGGAAGCUAAGGCGACGGAGCCUGGAGCAACCAUAAGAAACUUUACUAAUUAAUGUGUUUUUGUCGUGGGUUUGAUUAUUACAUCUUUUUUUUUUAAUAAGGUUUGGUUUUGUAAUCGAAUCUUUUGAUGAGUUGUAUGAGUUUUAGUAAAUGCUGUGUUGUGGAAAUAAAAUAUUUAUUUAGACUUGA